AAGAAGAGAAGAGCAAACCGGAAGUUCCUCUUCUUCUUCAACAUAACAAGCAAGAUGGCGGCGACAGACGAAGGAACAAACCAACUGGAGUUCUCUCUGGAAGUUCCCUUCCCGUCGUCUCGUGAGGCCGAGAUCGCUCUGCGCUCUCUGUCGCCCGACCGAGAGCCGAGGAAAGGCGGCAUCAGCAAACAGCUCACAGUGUCCGGCAGCAAGCUGUCUGUGAGGUGGAGCGCAGAUGAAGCUCGGAUCCUCAGAGUGUCUGUGAACUCAUUCCUGGAUCAUCUGUCGCUCGUUCUGGAGACCAUGGAGAUGUUUGGGCCUCCUGUUUCACAGUGAAGCCUGACAGAUAUUUCAGGACUGAAUAGAUCCUUCAUCCUCCAUGUGGAGUCGACUCUGGGAGACAACAGGGAGUGACUCUGAGGACUGGCAGCUUUGUUUCAAGCAGGAAAAUCUGAUGUCUGAUUCAUUAAGUGGGACUAAGGAGCCGGUGGUUUGACUGUAGUUUGCAGUUUUUAGUUUAACCACCUUUGUUAAAGGAAAAAGGCUUUUGGUUCCUUACAGACCAGAGAGAUAUCAGUAGAACUGGAUCUUGAACAAGCUCCAGAAACCCUUAAUACUCUGUGGCUGCAGCUUGUCAGAUGCAAGGAUUUUCUUUUUUAUGUCUUUACAAAUCAGAUUGAACAAAACAAGUCAUUUAGAGACAUCUCUUGUUCUCUUGGCAACUGUGCUAAACAUUUUUGACAGUUUUCGGAACAUUCUAUAGACAAAGCAGUCAAUCAAAAGAAGGACCGGCACUUGAUUUUAAGCCCCGCUGUUGAGGAUUAAUAAGCAGUUAUCAUUUAAUAAAUGGUCUAGAUGCACUAUACUGUAGUUUUAAGUGUUUAUUCAUGUAUUUAUAAAAUUCCUGUGAAACUUCCAUAAUUGUAUCAUGUUAUAUAGACAUGAUAAACUAUGAACACAGUAAAACUUCAUCUAAUUGUUGACACAUUUUGUGCCUUCACAAAUGUCUGCCCAUAGCUACAUUAUAAUGUGUAAUAAACCAUUUAGUACAUGUUGAUGAAUGAGGUGAUGAUUUUUUUCAGUGACUGUGCUGUACAGAGUUUUUUUCAUUAAAGAGAAAGUUGUUAAAUAUG